AUGGAGAGUAAUAACCAUUCUACGGGAAAUUGUGAAAAAGAAGAAAAUGGAAGCAGUUCCAACUCGACGCCCGGCGAACAUAAAUCUUUCGCUGAAUUUGCGAAAGAUAAACUAGACAGCGCUGGCAGAGAACUCCGGAGGCGUCUCCCAAUGGCGGGACAAAUUGGUGCUCACUUAAUGCAUCCCAGACGACUAUUACUGCAUUCAACUCCAACUCAACAGACUGAUGUUGUUCUGAUCUUCCCUAAAGGUCUACCAGAUAGCAUGCUCCUAUGGCUGCUACAAAAGCUUAGAGGUAGUCGGCCCAGACUCCGCGUGUGUGUGCGCCAGCAUGCCUCAUCGCAAUGUUCUGCAUUCUACAUAACAGCGGAUGAUGAUGUACUCCUGCAAACCGCGGAGGAGAUACAUUUGCCGAAACAACUGAAACCCGAGUUUGGAGGCGGCUUCAAAGAGUUCACUGUAAGAGAUAUGCAUUGCUUUCAAAAGGGCACCUCUGCUACCGAGCUGCUGAAUUCCCAAGAACGUGGUGCUCUAGUGAAGCACGUUCUAGAAGCUGCUAGAGCAGAGCCUGGAGACGAACGCGCGUUGGAACCGGCCCUUACUCUGCGACCUGGACAAAGUAUUGUUCCAGCCUGUGUUAGCCGCGGCGUUAUAGCAAAUAUGUUUCCGCUGCACGAACGAAACGAACUGGAGAGUUUACGAAAGAAGUGGGUUAAAACUUUUUUCUCGCCGCAACCUCUAGAUGAGAUUAGUGAAUACUUUGGCGUCAAGAUAGCGAUGUAUUUUGCGUGGCUUGGGCAUUAUACGAGGUCACUGACAGUACCUGCCGUCGUUGGUUUUGUGUUUUGGGUAUGGUUGGGCACAGCGAGUGACAAUUGGAAAGAUAUAGCACACGUAUUGUUUUCGUUGUUUAAUGUUCUGUGGGCCUGUGUCUAUUUGGAGACUUGGAAAAGAUAUUCCAAUGUGUUGGCGUACAAAUGGGGUACGUUGGAUGAGAGAGAUGAUCUUUUGCUGGAACCCAGACCUUUAUUUCAGGGCGAGAUGAGCAUAAGUCCAGUGACAGGUCGGCCCGAGCCCCAGUACGCAGCAUGGCGUCGUCGUGUCUGGCGUCAUUGUGUGUCGUUCCCCGUCAUGCUGCUAUGUCUUGCAGUAGCUGGUGUUGCUACGUUUGCUCUUUUACUUGCUCAGGAAUGGUGGGAAAACACAAUAGGGUACCUGAAUUGGAUGCCUCGUGCUGUAUUGGCAAUUAUUAUUGCAGUGGAGGAGGAAGCCUAUGCGAGAAUUGCCAGGUGGCUAAAUGAUAAAGAAAAUUAUCGUCUCGAAACAAAGUAUGAGAACCAUCUGAUUGUGAAAAUUGCAUUGUUUCAAUUCCUAAACUCGUUCAUGAGUUUGUUCUACAUCGCGUUCUACCUGCAGGAUAUGGAUAAGUUAAAAGAACAACUAGCGGUGCUGUUGAUAACCAGACAGAUAAUUGGAAAUCUAAAGGAAUCAGCUUUGCCGUACCUCAUUGAGAAUUUGAGAUUGGCUAAGAUUUGUUUCGACGUGUUUGGAGCUUUGAGCCCCACUAAAGUUCAAACGUCAGAACAACUGGCUGAACUAUUUGAGAAGGAGAAAAUGACGUCAUCGUCCGGGGAACCCCCGGAAAUGUUACUGAACGGCACAGAUAGAAGAGAUUCGGAACCCGUUGUGGGCCAAAAAGUUAUCCACCAAGCCGAGCUGGAGUCGCAGCUAUUUAAGUAUGACGGCACAUUCGCGGAAUACCUAGAAAUGCUAACCCAGUUGGGACACGUAGUUCUCUUUUCCGCCGCAUUUCCGCUGGCGGCGCUGUGUGCGUUGUUGAAUAACGCGUGCGAGAUACGCGCAGACGCAUUCAAACUGUGCCACGUUGCACAGAGGCCGUUUGGAGAGAGAGUCAAUAGUAUUGGAAGUUGGCAGCACGCAAUGGAAGCUAUGGUGGCUGUAUCUGUGCUCGUAAAUUGCGCCCUUAUUGGGCUAUCGGGUCCUGUUCAUCGACUUCUACCGGAUGCCACUCCUGCGCAGACAGUGCUGCUUAUAGUGGCUUUGGAGCACGUGGUCCUAGUGACGGUUUUGGCUCUCCGCAUUGCAAUACCAGAGAUUCCGGGGUGGCUCGCGACCGAAAUGGCAAAAGUCGAGUUCCAGAGACGUGAAGCGAUCAACGCUGCGCACGCGCCGCUUAUGUCGGAAUGUCCCAGUCAAGACGACGUACGCCCAUCAGCACGCAACACUCCCCGAACGAUCACGCCCACUACACCAAAACCAGACAAAGUUAUUGAGAAGAAGAAAAUUAAUAUCGGCAAGAUACCAGAAAUACCGCCUUUUAGUUAA